AUGCAUAUCUAUGAACGAAGCUCAAUCUGGAGUGAUGACAUCCGGGAUCACAACGAAGAGCUUGUGCGGAGAUUGGCGGAGUUCUCCCUGAUCGAUAUGGUUUUAUUGCACUGUGCUGUUGAUCCCUCUGAGCAUGGAUUUCGAUAUUCGAUUCACGGAAGCGUUGCUUCUGAAUUACGACCUCAUUGCCUAUGGGCUUUUCGACACCGACCUUCCAGAUCGAGACACCGGGAAAUAGGAGAUAUCUGGCGUCAACUGGAGAAUGGUUCCCACAUCGCGCCCGAUAUGGCCAUUGCCAAAAUCUGCAUCCUCAGACCUCAAGAGGUUUUACUUACCACCCUGGCGGCCUGUUACAACGACCCGAUCCGCCUCAUCCCGCUAGAGUUCACACCUGUCUCGAUAUUGGUCACUUCUCACUUUCUACAGUUCGACAAUGUACUGUGGCAUGCGGCGGAACACCAGUCGGCGGAAAACAAUGAUUCCACAUCUAUCAACCCCAUCUCUGCUGUGGAGACAUGGCCGGGAGCGGUCCAGCAUCCCAGCGUCUACGGAGUACGGUAUGCCGGAAUGCAAUUCUUUUCCCUUUCCAAACCCAACGAGCCUGUCAUCCCCGUGCCUCUCUUUCACGGCGCAUGCGGGCGCAUGGGGGCUGGCAAGUCAGACGUGGAGUUCCUGGCGAUGGAGAUCCAUCGAUGGAUUUGGGAAGCCGAGGCCUAG